AUGGGCGCCUGUGGAUCUUCGUGUUGUGGAGGCAAAUCCCGCGAUGGGUUAUACGAACCAGUUCUGGCCGAGAGCGAGAGAGAAGCGGUGGCAGACUUGCUGCAAUAUCUAGAAAACCGGGGCGAGACCGACUUCUUCUCUGGCGAACCCUUACAAGCCUUGAGCACCCUCGUGUUCUCCGAUAACGUCGACCUACAACGCAGCGCAAGUUUGACAUUUGCUGAAAUCACCGAGAGAGAUGUCCGUGAAGUUGACCGUGAUACCCUGGAACCCAUUCUGUUCCUCCUACAAAGCCCGGAUAUCGAAGUACAGCGGGCAGCUAGCGCGGCACUCGGGAAUCUCGCUGUAAACACUGAGAACAAAGUCGCAAUCGUACUUCUCGGUGGUCUAACACCCCUCAUUCGCCAAAUGAUGUCCCCGAAUGUCGAAGUCCAAUGUAACGCGGUCGGCUGCAUCACAAAUUUAGCUACGCAUGAAGACAACAAGGCAAAGAUUGCGAGGUCAGGAGCAUUGGGACCUCUGACUCGGUUGGCAAAGUCGAAGGAUAUGCGGGUGCAAAGGAAUGCUACAGGAGCACUUUUGAAUAUGACACAUUCUGAUGAAAAUCGACAACAACUUGUAAAUGCCGGUGCUAUACCGGUCCUUGUACAACUUCUCUCUUCUUCCGAUGUGGACGUCCAAUAUUAUUGCACAACUGCUCUGAGCAACAUAGCCGUGGAUGCGAACAACCGGAAGAAGCUUGCGCAGAGUGAGAAUAGGCUCAUCCAAUCAUUGGUCAAUCUUAUGGACUCGUCAUCACCAAAGGUCCAAUGCCAAGCUGCGCUGGCUCUACGAAACCUUGCCUCCGAUGAGAAAUACCAACUCGAGAUAGUCCGCGCUCGUGGACUAGCUCCAUUACUUCGACUUCUGCAAUCAUCAUACUUGCCCCUUAUACUCUCUGCAGUCGCCUGCAUUCGCAACAUCUCUAUCCACCCUCUGAACGAAUCACCAAUUAUCGAUGCAGGCUUCUUAAAGCCAUUGGUUGACCUCUUGGGUUCAACGGAUAACGAGGAAAUACAGUGCCAUGCUAUCUCAACACUGCGAAAUCUAGCUGCCAGUUCCGAUCGCAACAAGGCUCUUGUAUUGGAAGCUGGGGCUGUCCAAAAGUGCAAGCAGCUAGUUCUCGAUGUUCCCUUAAGCGUACAAUCCGAAAUGACUGCAGCUAUCGCAGUAUUGGCUCUGAGCGACGAGCUAAAGACUCACUUGUUAAACCUAGGUGUCUUUGACGUUCUUAUUCCCUUGACCGACUCUCAAAGCAUUGAGGUGCAGGGUAAUAGUGCUGCUGCUCUCGGCAAUCUUUCCUCGAAAGUUGGCGAUUAUUCGAUCUUCAUUCAGGACUGGACAGAACCCAACGGAGGUAUUCAUGGUUACCUGAAGCGUUUCCUCGCCAGUGGAGAUGCAACAUUCCAGCACAUUGCAAUCUGGACCUUACUACAGCUCCUGGAAUCCGAAGAUAAGAAGUUAAUUAAUCUCAUUGGGAAAUCCGAGGAGAUAGUACAAAUGAUCAAGACGAUAGCAGAUACGCAAAUCGACUCUGACGAUGACGGCGAGGAAGAUGGCGAAGGAGAAGUUGUACAACUGGCUCAACGCUCUCUCCAACUACUCGGGCAAGGUUCCAAGACCUCGCACAUUGAAGGAUGA